AUGGCCGCGACUUCCUUCGACGCCACUGCUGCCGUUGCCGCCUUGUCGUCCAAUAACAAUGCCCAGGAUCCCGCUGUGCCCUCGUCCUUUGUUUUUGACAUAUACGACGACAGUGCAGCACGGUUGCCGCCUGCAAACGACGGCCAGCUUGUGCCACUACAGCAGCAGCAGCAGCAGCAGGGGCCACCGCAACUACUAGACCCUCAACCUCAAUCUUCGCCACGCCUCCCUGAUGGACCUUGCAACUAUGUCGACUUGAGCCAUGGAUCCAGUGGUGCUCACUGCGGCUGCCGCCGCUUUUGGAGCCGAGCCAACAAUAGCAUUGCCACUACGCCCAUGACACCGAGCUUUGGCGCUGGAGCCGUCGCCCCGGCCAACAACUUUUUCAAUGGAAGCCUUGCCGGAUUGGAUACCAGCCAGACUGGCUGGUGCAUGUGCUCACAUCAUGCCUGUUUCCACGAUCACACUCCCAACGGUGAUUCAUCAUUGGACCGGGCAUCUAUCACUACAUCAUUUUUUACUACCGCCGCAGCGCCCACUGGAGCACCUUUGUCUGCAUCCGUAAAAUCAUCUACACCACAACUCGUACUACCGACAUCCUCAACCCCCUUUCCUGGACAAGAGAACGAGCAGCCACGUCCACCACUAGUGCCUCUGAGCACCUCCCAGGACUUGGUUGAAGUUAGCAGCCGCCAGGAAGUGAAGAGCGACGACCAGGCCUUGCCAGAUAUCUCCUUUGGAUUUCCCUCUGAUGUUCCUGUCCACUUGGACUCAUCCUUUGUCGCCAUGAUCACCGACGCCGCGCGGGAGAGCCGCGCCUUGACCAUGGUAGACGCUGCUGCCGAGGUGGGAGACGACGAAGUGGCAACGGAAGACGAUGAGGCGCUUGAGGCGCCCGAGGCAACCUUGGAGUCCACUCCAGUCCGUCCAGCACUGCCAGCUCCAUUAUCGGGUGCUGCCUCCAUUGCCGGACCCCCAGCUGAUUACUCUAUCCCGGACACGCUUAGCUGGGGUCCUUACAAUUUAUCUGCACGAGGCGAGGCUCCUGCAGCUGCUGCAGAGUCCAACCCAACCUCAAAUCCUCAUGCGGGGCUGCUACCGCCUUCUCAACAGCCACCACCAUCUACCACGACCACCACAUCCUACACGAGUCAGAUACGGUAUAUGCGGCCUUUUGCUGGCAAGGGCCUGCAGACACUCACUCAAGCCGUGUCACUUCCAGCCUUGCCUGGGUCACCUCCCGGACAACCGUCCGAGCAGCAUUCAUCCACCUCAGCGUUUCGUCCUCUCGGGCCCGAAAGUUUGACGAAUGCUGUCCAGGCGCAUGAAGCGCGGCUCAACAAGCUUGAAAAUCCGUCUUUUUCUGCGUCUGCAUCAUCCGUAUCAGCAUCCUUUGCGGCUCACCAGGCGCACGAAGAGUGCAUCGAGCGCGCCGAUCAGACGGACCUGCGCGUGACCGAACUCGAGUCGCGCUUGGACGAGGUUGAAAGGCAAGUUAACAACGACAACGAUGCGGCCACUGUGACGGCGAGCAGCGUGGUAUCUGCUUCCACAUCUGGCGCCCCCUUGUCGACGACCACCAGCAUGAACAGCCGCACGUCGAGGCCGGCCGCCGUCACAGAUCCCGCUAUCUUGAGUCAGCUCCAAGCGCUCCAAGAGCGUGUCAGUCUCCUCCAGCAGCAGGCGCUUCCCUCAAUUUCUCGGCCAUGGCUGCUCGAAGUUGUCUUCCUACCCUUCCCACUCAAAGGAGUCUGGGUGGAAGCCGUUCAGUUUGGCGCGACCGAGGCCGUGGCGGCGGCUGCAGCGGCACAACGAAGACAAACCGGCGCAGUGCCUUCUAGCAGCGGCAACGCUGAUGGUGACGACGAAUGGACGACACCAGCCCAACGUGCGGAUACGCCCCGGCUGCUGCCUAGAGCCUGCAUACCAGGUCGGAAUAUCGACCGUCGCCUGCGCAGCCGCGGCCUCGUGCAAACGUUAACGGUGCGUGGCGCCGAUGCUCGCAGCCUGCAGACGGCCAUGGCCACAGCUUUUGGCCCUAUUCUGCGACACAUGCGCGCCAACGAUACUGCAGAUGCCCGGCGCGAACGCCGUGUCACUUCGUCUGCCACCUCACAGUUCCUAGCCCUGCAGCAGCCCUGGGUUCCUUUGCGUAAGGUGCAUAAGGACUCACGCCUGCGGUUCCUCACGCGCUCAGAGAUGUUGACACCUGCCAUUUGGGAUGCCAGAUUUUUGAUUGCCAGUGUCGUCAUGAAGGCAUCGGGUGGCAAGCACCGUCUCUAUGUCACACAGCCUGAUGCAUACUUGCAGACGCGCCGGGCGUAUAACAAUGGGUUGUCAUGGCAGCAGCUGCGCGAAUUGCCUCAGGUUCAGGUGGACCUUGGCGACAACAAUUUCGGUAUUGACGAUGCAUGCUGGGCAUGGAACAGCAAGCUGGACGAACCACCAACAACGUCGACCUCCGACUCGUCUUCGUCAGCCUCCUCGCCCCUCAUGUCCUCCAGUCGCAUGGGCCGCCCGUCACCCUCUCCAUUCAGUCGUGGCACAACACCGGUACGACAUACACGGGGGCCGACUGCCCACCGUGCUUCGUAUCCAUCAAUGGCGGGGCCUGCUGCUGCCCCUGUGCCUGUCACCGCACCAGGUCGGUCUCAUUCUGUAUCCAUCGGUACCUCUGGAUCGUCUGAGCAGUUCUUUACUGUUGCGCAGUCGCCUAUGCAGCACCGCCUUCCGCAACAACAGUAUCGACUCCAGACGGCGCCCGGAAAUGGUGGCCCCUCAGCGCCCACGACGCUGCGUCGGUCUCUAUCGCCAUUCUUCCCGUCGUCAUUGGCAUCUGGUACUCGUCGUGUUCCACCCCCCAUUCGCACCACGUCGGUGCCUGUGUCACAUCAGCCGGCAAGCCCUGUUAUGAUGCGGGGUGCAUCUUCUGGUGCUGUCAGCAGACGCCGUAUUCGUUCGACAGGCAGCAACCACGCUGCCGCCGCUCCUUCUGUGGCGCCUCCCAUGUCCGCCGGCGUCAACAAGCGCAGCCGGCGUCGCAGCACACGCUCUCCGAGCUUCGGCGAGUUCUGGCCCCGUAACACGCCGCGGUACAGCCGAAGCCCAAGCGUCACACCAGGCCCGGGCCCUACUACCAUGUGGGCCAUCCCAGCCGAUGAGCAACAACACCUCGAGCAGGAUAUGCCCCAGCACCGCCAGCAGCACCAGCCGGCAGCACAGCGCGUCCGCGGGACUACCCCGUUUGCCUACGCGACACCGUUCAGCACAACCGCCGGUGCAGAUCACCCGCCGACGUCAGUGUCAUCCAUUGCUAGUGGAGGCGGCCGGCGCAAGCGGCAGCGAGUCCACCGCCAUGAGAACGAGCAACGGUAUUUGCGGAACAGCCGGCACGGCAGCCGGGGUCCCAUGCCCUCUGUUCUGGGCCUGGGGAACGGUGCGCAGCAGUAUUACGAUGACGAGGAUAUGAUUAUGGCUGCCUAUGACAGCGACGAUGUCGACGACUUUGACUUCCCCAUGACGCAAGACGGCGACGAGAUCAACGAGGAUGAUGACGAGGAUGACGACAUUGAAGUAUACGAAGACGAGCAAGACAUGCUUGGACUGGGGGACUCUCCCCAACAUGGUCACCAGGAUGACCAGUACUAUCUCCAAGAACAAGGACACCCGCGACAGGGACACCUGUUGCCGAAAGACCAGCCGCGGCCGGGUAUUGAGCGUGAUCGCGACGAGGACGAGGACGAGGACGACGAUGAUGAUGAGGAUUACAUCGGCCAUACCUUUGGCAGUCGGCGUCAGCAGCUUAGCGGCACACAAAGCAGCCAUGACGACGAAGACGAGAGCAUGUCGGACAGCGAGAACCUAGACCCGCUGUCGCCAUCGUUGUUUGAGGACAACAGCGCUGAAGAGCAGCAGCAACAGCAAGAUGAGCAAGAGCAGCAACAGCCGCAGCAAACGGCGCAAGAAGAAGAGCACCACUCAGACGCGAGUAGCCAACCCAGCGAGUACCCCAGCACACGGCGACCGUGGCGGCUGGUCAAGACCAACACCGCGCAGCCGCUUGGCCCAGACACGACCAUCAAGCGUGAUAUUGAUGGCGACACGGACAUUGGCUUUCACAUUCACGAAGACGGCGACGAUACAAACCUGUGA